AUGAUCUCGGUCCACCCAAAGUCUGUCCACGACAGUCACCGUCGCCUGAUGGACACCAAGGACCCAACAAAUCCCGUCAUGGCGGAGCACGCUGCAUCCGUCGCCGCCCCAUCCGCCGCUGCGCCGAGUGGCGUGACCAAGAAGAAGUUCGCCGCGCCCCCGGUCAAAUCGGCCUGUCUGGCUUGUCGCCGGGGUGGCCCUCGAUGCCGCAAGAAGCCCCGGACCGGCCGCAGUGAUGAGCCCAAGCAGCUGCCCGACGAUGUCUUUGCGUUGCUCUCUCAAGAGCCCGCCGACGUGCCCCGUGACCCCAUAUCGAUCCAAAAUUAUAUCGACCCUGGUGCUGGGCUCAAGCACCUCGAGGACUGGGUCCAAGACAGCGACCUCAUUUUUGACAGUUUGUUCAUGAACAGCACCGGCCCUGUUCUCGGAAGUGGAUUCAGCUCGGAUGUUUCUGGCACAGGCACACCUUCGCAUGUGGUGCCCAUGGUCCGGUCAUAUCAGAGUGAUGCUGCCAUACUUGACGCAUAUUAUGUCUUCAUACAUCCGUUCCUCCCCAUUCUCCCUCCCCCAGAUCACAUCCCGGUGGACCGCCCCAUUCCACGCUUGCAGAACCAGAUCGACGUCUUCGAGGAGGGCUUCGAGCCGACCUCGCCCAUCAGCCUGGCCAUCUCGGCCAUCCUGGCGCUGAUUCCGUGCCCGGAGGAUGUGAACCACGGCUCGCGCGACUCGCAGCUCUUUCGGCGCAAGUACGCGCAGUACUUCGCGCAGACGGCCUUCGAGACGAUGGAGAGCGACGAGGAGAUCCCGGACAGCGCCACAGAUCCGUCGCGCCCACUGAGCGAGGAGCACAAUCACGCGUUCCGCCGGCCCUUCCACGCGCGCGUGCCCGUUGAGCUCGAGUGCAUCAUCGCGCUGGAUGUCCUGAGCGUAUACGAGUACGCGCAGCGCGGGAACAUCAAGAAGAUGCAGAACCGGGCCGGCCAGGCGCUCAUGGCUGGCAUGGACAUGUCGCUUCACUCGUGUAGUAUCGAGGAUGAGUUUACUGAGGCGAGGAGGAGGGUUUGGUGGAUGACAUUUGUGUGUGUCGCGCAAGGCGCAAUUACUUCUAACGUCAUCCAGAAGCCGAGUUUCGCUUCCUUCUCACCGAGCUACACGGCCAAGUUCCCGACGUUCGCCGCAGAUCCAGAGGCAUUCGCCGUGUACAUUCAAGCCCAGCGGGCCAUCUUAGCAGCGACGCAGUUCGUGAUCGAGCUGAACAAAGCGGUGCGCGACAACGCCGACAUGAACCCCAUCUACGAGCGGAUGAAGGAGCUCGAGGCGCUGCUAGAGCCGCUGCUGGCGAAGAGCGAGACGUGGCCGCUGACGUCGACGACGGCGUCGCCAGUGGGGCCGGGAGAGGCGGUGGUGGCGCGGUCGCUGCGGUGCAUGGCCAGCAUCAAGCUCAACAGCGCGCGCAUCAAGCUGCACCGGUACUGCGCCUUCUUCGACAUCCCCGUCUUCUCGCGCAAGCACUGCGACCUCAAGUCGCUGCGCGACGCCGACAACCCCGGCCCGGCGGGCGACGAGCCGCGCCGCUGGCCCACGUGCAGCUGCAGCUCGUUCGCCAACCCCUUCACCAGCAUCUCCACCACGCCGGCGAGCGGCACGGCGUCGUCGAUCCGGUCGCCGUCGUCGGACGGCGCGGGGGCCCUGCAGCAGACGAGCUUCCCCGCGUCCGGGCCCGCGGCGCCGUUCGGCCAGGCGCAGCAGCACGGGGCCAUGACGGCGCAGCAGCAGCAGCUGACGAGCUUCCCGUUCAGCAGCCACCAGAGCGCCAAGAUCUGCCUCAAGUCGGCGCUGAACAUCGCGCACAGCUUCGACGAGCUGCCGUUCCCGAACCCGACGGGCGUGGCGCACCACACGCAGCAGCAGCAGCAGCACCAACAAGGAGGAGGGGCGGCAGGAGCGCCGUGCUACCUGUCGCCGACGAGCGCGACGGUGUGCCCGCGGACGAUGCCGUCGUUCGCGUGCUGUGCGAUGCAGUGCGCGUACGCGCUGCUGAUGGUGCACCAGAAGACCAAGAGCAUGUACCCGUACAGCGCCGAGGUGGCGAGCAUCGCGGGCGGGGCGGGCGGCGGCGCGGUGCCCAACACCAACAAUGGUCACAACAACGGCCCGCUGAACCUGGCGGCCGUCGCGGCCGGCGGCAUCGUCGUAGAUGCCAGCGGUAACGGCGGCGGCGGGCCGCGGCCGCUGGCGGUCAAUAGCCUGCUGGUCAGGCUGCAGCAGGGCCUGAGCAGCAUCUACGCCACGCUGUCUAAUUAUGCGACUGCUUUUGAGGCUUUGGGCGGGAUGAGAGAUCAAAUCCGGAGCGCUAUCGAGGAGUCGCAAGCCUUCUCGGUGGCCAUGUAA